AUGAUCACCGACAACGUCUAUGUAUCUGUACCUGCCCAAAGAUUAAGCAAGAAGUCUUACAUGCUUUGGCGUACCAGAACUCAGGCUUUGCUUGACGCGAAGGACGUUUUAGGAGUCGUCACGGAUACUGCAGUUCCCACCAUCGAGAACGCACCAACAGAAAGUGACGAUCAAAUUUUGACGAAGGAUCGUAAAGCUUAUGACAUCAUCAUCGAGCAACUACACGAGCUCGACCGUCAGACGGUAAUCAGCAACCCUGCUCUUCAAAGUUCGGCGCGUACACUCUGGCUACAUUUUUAUCGAAGAUACGGAGUUGCGAAUCCACUUCAAGUCGACGAAGCUUGGACUCAAUUCCAUGAAUGUCGUACCAAUCUGGAAGAUCCGAAUCUUAUGGUCAAUAUUCGCGCUGCGAUCUCCAAACUCGAAGCAGCUGGACAGGCCACCGACAUCUCACCUUGCCGGACGCUCAUUUUAAGCAUGUUUCCAACAAGCCUCCAGCCCUUGAAAAAUAGAUUAAGUCAAGAGGAAGCGAUAUUGGAAGAAGUUCUUGCCCACCUCGAGACAGUGAUACAGACUUAUCGGGAGCCCGUUUCCCCACUCUUAGGUUCAGCUGACCCAGCCCGUAAGGACUCAGACAAGGCAAAUCCCUCUCAAAAAGUCUCCGAGCACAAUCAGAAACGUGAGAUGCGAAUUGCAAGACGCAUCAAUCGUCUUCCUUCCAGGUCCAAGAAGCGUAAAUGCUUUAAACCCGCAUGUCCUGCCUCAACUCCUUCGCCAACACCGAUUUCAAAAUGUUUGCCAUCCUUAGGUCAAAUUCCGACUCCUGGUCCAUCUAAUCCGUUCAAAGAGGCAAGCACAUUGGGAACUUCUUCAGCUGCCAAUCAAAAUCCCGAACAUUUGCCCCAUGUGGAACCACAGCCACACAAUAUAUCCUCACUAUCUGAUACCCCGAGCAAGUCAAAACACGCUGAAACAAGUAAAUGUGGGAAAAUCUCUCAAGGAGAUGUUGAUGCUCCUGGUAUGCCUUCGCAGACAUCUUCUUUUGAUAUUCCUGGGCCGAGCGCAGCGAGGAAUUCUCCCAGCCACAGCGGUGAAGAUGUCGGUGCUUGUCCAAAAGUCCUUGAUACACAGAAGGACGUGAAGCCGGAAAUCCAGAAGGACGCGGCGCCUGAAAUUCAAAAGGAAGCGACGCCAGAUAUCCAAAACGACGAGAAGAAUGAUACUCAAAAGGAAGUCAAGCCGGAUAUCAAGAAAGAAUUUGAGCCUAACUUGACAAAUGAAGAUUCUUCGAGAGUUAACCAGGUCUACGAAGAGCAAGUGUCAUCAAGUUGCGCAGCCCAGAACCCUUUUAAUAGCUCUCAUUUACGCACAAAGAAAAACCAGAAACCGACCAUAUUUGACCCGACGACAAGUAGCCCUGAAAACGCUAAACCGGUGAAUUCCAGUACAUGCCAUGAAAGACAGGUAGAUCACAACCAAACGUCACAAAAUGAUACCCAGGGUCCUCAGACAGGAAAGCCAGAAGAGCGUAAUUCUUUCGACCCACACGCCAGACAGAAGACCAAUAAAGUUUAUGAAUAUCAUCGACCAUCAGCGCCAUACAUAGAGCCAGGUAGCACGGAAUACAAGAAAUGGGACAAGGAAUACCUGCGAUAUAUUCUUCAGAAUCGCCUCCCAAGACUCGUGGUUCAUUGGAACAUCGGAAAAGAUGGCCUUCUAGAUUUAUUCAAAAAGCAUUAUAUCGAGGGUGAACCUGUGGACGUACAAAGCCGUAGACAGUAUCAUUAUUUCUACAACAACUGUAAAAGAGGCGAUGUUCCUGUAAUCCCUGGACGCAAAAGACAAAGGGAUCCUUGGAGAGCAGCCAUUCAAUUGUUAAAUCCUACAAAGGUUUUAGAUUUUGAUAAGAAGAUCGAUGAUCUGAUAGAUAUUUACGAGGAGGAAGGUGGAUGUCCGAAUCUGGCACGUCGCAAUCGAUCACAUUAUAUGGCCUAUUGA